AUGACAACAACGCUCAGCCCAGACCAGGCGCGCGCACUAUGGGAAGCGGGCGGGUUUGCCCUCCUCACUGGCUUGCCCAUGGGCAGCGAGACGGGCAUGGACGGGACGUUCCACACGAUCAAUGUCUUUGCAGGCCACAAAUUUGUGCCUCCAGGCCUGCACAGCGUCGUGUGGUCGGCCACUCCUACCAGCAGCUCGAGCACAACAACGCCUUCCUCCACUGAAGGUAAACCCCAGUCCGAGGCGUCAGCGUCGGCAGACAUUGCCGCGGCCUUUCCCAUCCGCUCUGCGUUCUUGCACUUUUGGCAACCCAAAGAACGCGUCGUGUUACACUAUGACCCGGCCACAGAGUCCACCACGCGCAAGCCUGGAUCCCCGCCCAUCGACGAGGCAGAGCUGCAGGCGCUCGACCCGCAAAUGGCCCCAUACCCCUUCGCCCAGCUUGCGGCGUGGAAGAGCCUCAGCACGCACAUCACGCCGCCGGUGCUGGUGCGCGUCUGCCCCAGCGGGCGGGUGGACAGCCUGACUGCCGCCGCUGGCGAAGAGGGUGACGAGAUCAAGGAGCUGCGCGCCGCCGUCAACAAGGGUGCUGCUACCAACGCCGCCGCGGGCGAGCCACUCGCGUUCCCGGUCUUUGACCUCAAGCGGUCCUGGAACGAGGGCGCGAGUGGCGAAGAGGUCACGCGCUGGUCUAGGGAUAAGAGCAUGUUGCUCGCGCGCGUGUGCGCCGAAGUGGGAGGACCCGCCGCACUCCUCGGCCACCUCCAACUAUCCCACAUCCUCGUCUCGCAGGUGUGGAGCUACGCGUCUCUGAGCCCAUACAAGCGUCUCCUCCGGCUGCUGUGUCGCUCCGAAUCAGCCCUCGCAGACCCCGCUGCCGUCGGCCUCCCACAGUCUACGCGCGACGUCUACAUCGCCCUCUUGUCCACCCUCGCGGCCCAGCUGCGCGCCCUCCCCAAUGCCGCGUUUGACACAGAGUUGCCGGACAUGCGCGAGUUUUACGAGCUCGAAAUCGACGCGCUGAGAAAGGGCCUGGGACACGCGCUCGGCGAGAGAGGCUGGUGGGGUAAAGUCGGCGAGGUCGGGGCUAAAUGGAAGGACCUGCAAGCGGCCGCCGCGGACAAGGGGCUGGUUUUGCUGGAGGUUAGUGCCGGAGACGAAGAUUCAGAUGAGGAGGAGGUGUUGUAA